AUGACAAGCCCACCAGACUCGUACGAAGCGGUUUCUCUCCCAGCGGUGCGCCUCUCGCACCACCCGCCCUCCUCUAAGUCGGUCACGCCCGUCGUUAUGGUCAUUCUCAACCGCCCAGAACACAAGAAUGCCUUCAACACCAAUAUGAUCGACUCGCUGGAGAAGGCCUUCGGCAUGCUCAGCUCAGACCCACGGGUGAAGUGCAUCGUCCUCACCGGCUCCGACCCGCAGAACAAGAUAUUCUGCGCCGGCAUGGACCUUUCUGGCUCUCCCUCCGCCGGAGCUGCGAACGAUGGUCCUCCGGAUGCCCCGGGGCCAGUGACCCGGGACACACACCGCGACGGCGGCGGCCGCGUGAGCCUCGCCAUCUACCGCUGCCGCAAGCCCGUGAUAGCAGCGCUCAACGGGUCCGCCGUGGGCGUCGGGCUGACGAUGACGCUGCCCUGCGCGAUCCGCGUGGCCCCCUCAAAGGCGCGCGUGGGCCUCGUGUUCGCGCGGCGCGGGCUCGUCAUGGAGGCGUGCAGCUCCUUCUUCCUGCCGCGGCUCGUGGGGACGUCGCGCGCGCUGCACCUCGUCACCACGGGCGCCACGUACGCCGCGGGCGACAGGCUGCUGGACGGGCUGUUCACGGAGCUCGUGGGUGACGGGAAAGAAGUGCUCCCGCGGGCGCUGGGGAUCGCUGAGGGGGUGGCGAGGGAGUGCUCUGUUGUUAGUGUUGUUACGAUGUGGGAUAUGAUCUACCGUGGCGCUUCGAGCCCGGAGGAGGCGCACUUGCUUGAGAGUAAGGUGCUGUAUGACCUGUUCCGUGGGGAGGACCUGGUUGAGGGUGUGAGUAGUUUUCUGGAGAAGAGGGAGCCGCGGUUCAAGGGGACCAUGGAAAAGAAUGCGCCGAGUGUGUAUCCUUGGUGGGAAGACAAGUUGAAGGGGCCGCAGUCGAAACUGUGA